AUGUUGGAGUUCUUACCCAUAGUUAUCCAGGACCCGUUUGAAAGUUACAGACCAUUCCCCAACCACCCCACCAACUUAUUUGCAGCCCACUGGCAUGAGAUUGUCGGUUCCGCCAUAUUCUACUUUGCAAUCCAAGCAAUGGUGAAACCCUUGGCUACUCGCAUCUUGGGAAAAACAUAUACAAGCUUGCAGGAUAGAACUCGAGUUGAUUUCGAUAUUCACAUAGUGUCAAUGAUUCAAUGUAUUGUGUCCAUUGUGCUUACUUUUUAUCAUUUCAAUAAUCCCCAUUGGCAAAAUCGGUCAAAUGACCCCGUGAAUUCGUUAUUGGGGUCAACACCAUUUGGAUCCAUGGUUGGUGCUGUGUCUGCUGGAUAUUUCGUAUGGGAUAUCUGGGUUUGUGUUUACAAUUUUGAUAUUUUUGGCAUGGGGUUUUUGCUUCAUGGAGGUGCUGCGUUAUUUGGAAUGGUUUGUACAUUGAUUCCUUAUUGUCAACCAUGGACAGCAAGUUUCCUUGCAUUUGAAUUGAGUACUCCGUUUGUCAAUUUGAAUUGGUUUGCUUCACGUAUGCCACAGGGUACAUUUAGCGACAAGUUUGUCAUCAUUAAUGGUCUCUUGUUGAUGGUUGUGUUUUUCUUUAUUCGAAUCAUUUGGGGCUUUUAUGCCAUUGCUCAGUUGGCUAUUGAUAUGACUUACUCAUUGGAUCAAAUUAACAAGCUUAUACCGGCAACUCUUUUGGUUUUGAAUUUCGGAUUGGAUGUUUUGAAUGUAUUUUGGUUUUACAAGAUGGUUAGAAUUGCCAGAAAGAAAGCCUCGAAGGGGUCGGGUUCCGUUAAUAAGAAAAGUGACUAA